AUGCGGCUCUCUCUCCAUACAGGUAUUCUUGUAACUCUCGCUCUGCUUGCAGAAGCGGUUCCUACCCCUGAACCAAGGGCGCUCCCUUUGGUCCAAUCUAACCAAUUGCGGAGACUGCUCUUACGCUCGGAGCUUCUUAAGAAGGGCCAAACACUCCAAGACUUUGCAUAUGCUACCGUAGGGCGAAACCGAUACAUCGGAACUCCUGGUCAUAACGCCACAGUCAAUUACCUCGUUGACACUCUUACAGCCACUGGGUACUAUGACAUCGAAGUGCAGCCAUUUACCGUUCCCAGCGCCAGUGCUGAUUUGAGCGUCGACGGCGUGACUUACGAGGCUGCCCCAAUGACAUUUACCGCCGCAGGUACGCCUUCAGGUCCUUUGAUUCCGGUGGCAAACAUUGGAUGUGAUGCUGCCGACUAUCCAGCUGAACUUGCUGGCAAGAUUGCUCUCAUCAGCCGUGGCACCUGCACAUUCGCCACCAAAGCCGCCUUGUCCAAAGCAGCGGGUGCAAUUGGCACGGUAAUCUACAACAAUGUGGAAGGACUCCUCCAGGGCACUCUCGGAGGCGAAGGGAACUAUGCACCUACUGUUGGGAUUUCCCAGGCGGACGGACAAACACUUCUCGCUUUGGUGGCCUCCGGUACUGCAACUGCUGGCCUAAUUGUUGAACUCAGCGAGGUUCUCACCUAUAAUGUGAUCGCCCAAACCAAGGGCGGCGACAAGGAAAACGUCCUCGCAGUUGGAGCACAUAUUGAUUCAGUUGAAGCUGGACCGGGAAUCAACGACAACGGGUCCGGGAGCAUUGGCAAUCUCGAAGUCGCACUGCAAUUGACCAAGUUCUCCACCAACAACGCAAUUCGCUUCGGGUGGUGGUCUGGCGAGGAAGAAGGUCUUCUCGGAGCCGAACACUAUGUUACAACUCUCCCACAGGAAGAACGCGACAAGAUCCGUCUUUAUAUCAACUUCGACAUGAUUGCUUCGCCCAACUUCGUGUAUGAAAUUUACGAUGGGGAUGGUUCGGCGUUCGGCACAACUGGUCCACCGGGCUCUGCUGAGAUUGAAAAGCUCUGGGAAGACUACUACAAGAACGACGUUAGGAUCCCUACCCAGCCUACAGAGUUUGACGGUCGCUCGGACUACGGCCCUUUCCUGGACUUUGGCAUCGCAAGUGGUGGAUUGAGUUCGGGAGCUGAUGGUGUGAAGACAGAGGAGGAAGUCGCGCUUUAUGGUGGAACAGCUGGGCAGAUUUAUGACCCAAAUUACCAUACCGCUCAAGAUAUUCUUGCGAAUACUAAUGUAGGUGUGUGGGUACAGAUGGCAAAAGGUAUUGCUCAUGCGGUUGCCACCUAUGGAAGGAGCUUUGAGACUUUACCUGCUAAGACGAAGAGAAGUGAGAAGAGGGAGGCACACACGUACCAAAGAAAGGGUGGGAAAUGGGUAUAUUAAAAUUUGUGAAGGCAGCACAUCAUAAAUUCUCCGCUGAGAGAUAUGAAGCUGGUUUAUUAAGCUAAGAAUUACUUCAUUUUCCUUGCCUUACUUCAGGCGGACACGAUUCAACUGGCGUGAAUCUCGAACCUUCAUGCCAGUUUAUCAUGUUCCAGUGUUC